AUGGCCGUGGGUGAUUUCCGCUGCCUGGAACCGAAUGCCUGGUUCGGCUUGUGGCGCCGCUUCGGCGGAAACCUGGGCCCGGAGCCUGCGAAGCGUGAACAGGAGACUGGACUGGACCAGGGUUUCCCGCACCACCUCAGUGGCGGCAAAGGGCCUUUCAAGGACGGUUUCCACGAUUACGUGAUUCGUGGUGACAAGGCAGCAGUGUCAACCAGCAGCGGGACCAAAGCAGGCCUGCUAACGAGGCACAAAGUGGCCGCAGGCAGUCACGUGAGCUUCAGAUUGCGGUUGACCUGUGCCGACAAGAGCUUUCCCCAAGGAGCUUUCCGGGACUUUGAUAACACCUUCCAGUCGCGGCGAGAAGAGGCAGACAGGUUCUAUGGCCUUGUACAGGAGGACAUCACGGAUUCUGAGCGACGUCUCAUUCAUCGCCAGGCUCUCGCAGGCAUGAUUUGGACCAAGCAGCUAUACUAUUACGAUAUUCGAACGUGGCUUUCAGGCGACGAGGGUCGCGGAAGGCCUCCAAGUCGUGGUGGUCGCAACGAAGACUGGGAUCACCUUUACAAUGCUGACGUGAUCUCGAUGCCGGACAAGUGGGAAUAUCCCUGGUAUGCCACUUGGGACUUAGCAUUCCACUGUCUUCCGCUGGCAUUGGUCGAUGCUCAGUUUGCGAAGGAGCAGUUGCGGCUCAUCACCCUAGUCUCGUUCAUGCACCCCAACGGCCAGUUCCCAGCCUAUGAGUGGAACUUCAACGAUGUGAACCCACCGGUGCAUGCCUGGGCGGUGUGGAGGGUUUUCCAGAUGGACCGCAAAAACCGCGCGGAUGAUGGAGACCUGAGCUUCUUGGAGGAGCUGUUCCACAAGCUGAUGCUGAACUUCACGUGGUGGGUUAAUCGCAAAGAUGCCGAGGGCAGGAACAUCUUUCAGGGCGGCUUCCUAGGCUUGGACAACAUCGGCGUGGUGGAUCGCAGCCAGCCUUUUCCCAACGGUGGGAUGAUCAACCAAUCGGAUGGCACGAGCUGGAUGGCCUUCUACAGCCUCACGCUGAUGCGCAUGGCUUUGGAAUUGGCCCUGCACAAUCCCGUGUACGAGAGCAUCGCGUGCAAAUUUUUGGAGCACUUCUUGCAUAUUGCUCGUGCUAUGACACGCUUAGCCGACAAUGCUGAGCACGGGCUGUGGGAUCCUGUGGAUGAGUUCUACUACGAUGUGCUGGCCAACCCAGACGGAAGCCGGGAGCCAAUCAAGUUGCGCUCCAUUGUGGGCUUGAUCCCGCUUUUUGCAGUGGAGGUGCUAGAGCCCGACAUGCUGAAGAAGCUUCCGCGCUUCGCCAGCCAGACGCAAUGGCUUUUCGACAAUCGCCCCGACCUAGCCUGCUUGGUCUCACGCUUCGUGGAGGCCAAAGCACAGAUCACAGAGGGAUGA